AGCCAAACUCAGCUGCCAUCUACUCAGCUCAACUAGCGUCCAGCUUAGACUCAGUCUGUGGCUGUUGGUUACCUGGCAGCGUAGCAUCAGUAAAGCAAGAAGUGAAAGCGUACACAUCCAGUCUCGAGGCGUGCUGGCAGUAAAAAAAGGGAAACCGUGCACUGGGUAGUCUAUUCGACCGUCGUCCUCCGUUGCGUUAACGUUAGCUAACCUUGCUAACAGUCGCGAGUCGCUUCAUCAGUAAAUGGGAAAGCUGUUGUUUCCCGACGUGUUUACUAAAAGAGGCAGAGUUCAGCUGAACUCGUUGACCGACUGAUACUUCCCGUAAAAAAGAAAAAAAGAAGACCACUAAUGGAGCGGCUCGGGGCCGCGGGCUGCGUCAACAUCGGCAGCCUGACGAGCACUUUGCCCGUGAUCCCGUACCAGAAGCUGACGGACCUGUACUACCUGAGCAGAGGGGGCUUUGGCACCGUGUUCAAGGCGCAGCACUCGGACUGGAGGACCACCGUGGCCAUCAAGUGCCUAAAGCUCGACUCUGUGGGAGAAAGAGAGAGGAAAUGUCUGCUGAAGGAGGCCGAGGUGCUUCACAAAGCCAGGUUCAACCACAUCAUCCARAUCUUUGGCAUCUGCAACGAGCCCGAGUUCUUCUGCAUAGUCACGGAGUUCAUGAGCAAUGGCUCUCUGGACCAGCUGCUCCACGAGAAAGAAAUGUACCCCAUCCUUGGUUGGUGUUUGCGUCUGAGGAUUCUGUAUGAGAUUGCCCUUGGGGUGAACUUCCUUCACAACAUGACCCCACCUCUUUUACAUCACGACCUGAAGACUCAGAACAUACUGCUGGACGGCGAGUUCCAUGUGAAGAUCGCGGACUUUGGUCUCUCGAAGUGGCGGCAGCUGUCUGUCAGUAAAGGUUCUGGGUCCAAGCCCACAGAGAUGGAGGGCACAGUCAUCUACAUGCCCCCAGAGGAGUACGAACCCUCCAAGAACCGCCGGGCGGAUGUGAAGCACGACAUGUACAGUUACGCCAUCAUUAUGUGGGAAGUGCUGUCCAGGAAGAUACCGUUUGAAGAGGUGACCAAUCCCAUGAAGAUUAUGUUCAGUGUGCUGCGUGGGAACCGUCCCGACACCAGCCUGGAAAACUUGUCAGCUGACAUCCCCAGCAGAGAGACUCUCAUCAGCCUGAUGACCUGCGGCUGGACCUCUAAUCCCGACGAGCGACCUUCUUUCCUGAAAUGUUUGAUUGAGCUGGAGCCCAUGGUGAGGACGUUUGAUGAAAUAGACUUUUUGGAGGCUGUGCUGCAGAUCAAGAGGGCAAAGCUGAAGCGGACUUCAGGUUGUUGUUGUUCUCCUCAGCCUGUAUGUGAGAAGAGCAACGAGCAGGAGUCACUGAUCAUCCUGAAGAACCGACCCGGUCUGUGGCCCAUGGAGCACUCCACAUCAGGAUUGUGCUCCUAUCAGGACACGAACAUGUCUCUACCAGGAGUCCUCACCAUCAGCAGUGCUCCUUCAUCUGAAGAGGGCCUUCCAUCCUCAUUCAUAGCUCCUAAUCUGGAGGCUCCGGAGUCUCUGAAGGACCCUGGUCAGCCCAACAACGUGAACGGCUUUGAAAGCGCCAAACCUCUGAAUGAUUUAAACCAGCCUGUCAAACCUGUCCUGCCUGUCACAGAGCUGGAGACACUCAUGGGUAACUCCACCCUCAUAGUUGGGAACACUUCACCAGUUCAACACUCCCCCCCUUCUCAAGGUCCCAUCGCCCAGUGGAUCGCCACCCGCCGUGAGAACAUCGUCUCCCAGAUGACAGAUGCCUGUCUGAACCAGAGUUUGGACGCGCUGGUCGCCCGCAACAUGAUCAUGCAAGAGGAUUACGAACAGAUCACCAACCAGCUGACACGCACCGCCAGGGUCCGCCAGCUGCUGGACCACUGUCAUAGACACAACGAGGACUUCUGCAGAGUCAUCGUCUGCAAGCUGCUGGAGAACAGGCAGGGAGGCCUGCAGCCGUACCCGCCUGAGAUCAUCUCCCCUACAGGYGCCAGCCCCAGCGCGCCGCCGCUGUCCAUGUCCUACAACAUCCCCAGGAACGUGUAGCCAGAAGGAAAUGGAUGCUCCUCACAUGAACAACUUUACUCCACCAGGGUUUCCUCCAGUGUGUCAUUACCCUGCCCCCCCAGUCAGGCUUAGCAUCAUUUAUUUAUUUAGAACCAGCACCUGUUUAAAUARCCUGAACAACAUUCGGAAUGUGGCGCCCGCCAACUGAUUUACGUGGUCCUUUUUUGUUGCUGCACCUCUAAUCAGCAAGCUAGAGCUGUGUCCAAAUGUAGGUGCUGCAUCCUUCCGAGGUCAAAUUUGUCGGCCGAUURCAUCACAAUGAUGUGCCGAAGGCUGUCCAUAUUUAAAGACUUCUCCAAUUACAGCCCACAAAUAUGUUCUCCUUUUUUGAGAGUCAGGUCCAAUGUAUCCUUCUCAGCCCACCCUUUCCCAAGAUUCAUUGCGUACCGACUGGAGAUUUUUUUUUGCUUGGAGUGGUGGACGAAACGAGAGAAAGGAAUACAGUUUUAAAUAAAAGUCUGGCGGUAUACAAACAGAAAGUUUAAA